UGUAAUUUGAUCAAAGUCUUGAAGCCUUUAUUUUCAUGCAGUUACUCAACAAGAGUGUGUCUGACUCUUGGCACAGUGCAGCUAUAAACACACUAAAGACAAACUAGUAAACACCCACAUGCUCUCUGCCUCAAUAACAGCAGCAUUCAGUCAAUCCCUGUAAACAAAACCGACUCCAGCCUCUCGUUGUCGCUCAGUCCUGGAGUUAUGUUCUCCAUAAAUGUCGGACUGCUCCUUUAAUGUGCCUGGAUGAGCCUGUCUCGCGCUCGGGUUUGUCCAAUUAGUGUGUAGGUGGAGCCCACGAGGAAACCGAGCAGACACGGUGACUUUGGUUCAGUUCCUGGACUAGGAGAGGAAAGUGAGUGGAGGUCCCUCACAGUUUGGAGUCUGCGGCACAGAGUUGAUCUGAGACGGUGAAGAUUUCCAGAUGAUCGAGGUGUCGAUCCCCUCCAUGGAGAGGGAAGUGGAUGAGUCGGGAAAGUCCAAAAAGGUAAGGACGCGGUUUGAAGUGUUUUCCCACCGUUUUUCUUCACUCGCAGCGAAAAUAAGAACACUUAAAAUUCACUUUUCUCUGGAUAUCACUUCUUAUUUUCACUCUGUUUUUGGAAAACGACGUCUUAUAAGUCAGUUUAACAGGUUGGAACUUUAACGCCAGGUGAGCUGAGGCGGUAACCUGCAGGAAGAGUGAGAGGGAUUCAGCUCAGGUUUAUAUCCGGAGGAGCAGGAAAUACACCCAAACUACAACAGGAUUCACUUUUUUCAGAGAUUAUGUUAAGUAUAUUUUUACACCAGUAUAAGAAGUGUCGAGAUUAUGAGUGACAAAACCUCGUUUAACUCGUCCUACAACCGGAUUCAACAGUCCUCUGUGUAAACACCUGAGCAACAAACAACCUGUGAUACAGGAGGAAGCAGAGGGAAGAAAAUGCUCUUGAAAUAUAAGAAAUAAAUCAUCUAUAAAGCCCUAAAGGACACUUAGACCCUUUUUGAUGGCUUGCUUAUCAUAUAGUUUACAGAUUUUAAUGAAGGCAGAUCUUUAAUAGGCCACUUUAAGCAGUGACUGUAGGUCUAACUCCCUCUUUUUUCCUUCAUAUCAGCAGAUUACAAAAUGACACAGUGAUCUGUGUGUUAAAAGUUGACCAUAAAAGUCACUACUAACUUAAAUUCAGGCUGAAAUAUAGAUUAAACCCACUGAGCAUUUUUGGGUCUAAAAGAGGUCUAAUAGACGUCUGAAUGUUGCCUAGACGACUGGUCUAAAAUCAGGCUACCACAGGUCUAAAAAUGAAAGUUUUUAGAUGUCUAAAUUUAGACCAAGUUUAGACUAGCCAGCUGUACAAUACUACACUGAAUAUCGCUCAACGGCUAUUAUAAUUAUUUUGGUUAAGUACUUCGAGAUCAUCUAUGCAACUCACAGUUGCUUUUCGAAAUAAAUAGUAAUCGAAUAAUGGGUUAAAGUGCAACGUCCAACGAAUCUAGACGGUUGAAAUUAGGUCUAAAAAAAACAGACGUCUAAUAGCCAUCUAUUGCUCAGUGGGAAGUGUACUCAAAGAAAAGUUAUUCCACUAAAAUGUUCAGGUCGUUUUCAGAUAUUUCCUCAAGCAAGUAUCUUCCAAAAGCAAUCCUCAGUCCUCGGUGAAGAGUUAUCCCUCUGAAGUUAAACAAAUUCAGGUCCUGCCUGCAAAGUCUGUAAUAAUAAGAUGCUGACUCUUUGUAAAAUCACUACUUAAAUGAUCAAAAACUUUAAUAUUCAUCGUUUAGAUGAAGUGUCUCAUGGUUUUCGGUGCUAAAUUUGACGUAAUGUAUGUGAUGGUUAGAAGUAGAGUUUAGCAGUCGUUUACGCCUUAUUUAAAAAAGUGAAUUCACACAAAAAUUAAUUAAAACUGCAAAUGUCCAUCAAAAAGCAGUCCAAGGCAAGCUGUAAAACUGGUUUGAAAUUACUUCUCUUUAUGUUAAAUGGGAAAUAUCUAAGAAGAAACGAGCCAAUGAGGUGUGAAACUCAGAUACAAACAACCAUGAGAAAGUGAACAUGUCAUAGUUAAAGUUAUUAAAUUUUGUUAAUAUGAAGUUAUUAAAAACUUGUUUUAUCUUCAUAACUAUACAUGUUCAUUUUUGUAAUUGCUAUUUCUGCCAUAUUUAUUAUCCUUAUUCUCCUACACAGAGACCAGAGUGGUGCUUCACAGUCCUUCCUAAAAGCCAUGAGAGACUCUGUCCAGAAUGAAAAGUAUUUUUCUCUGAAAGGUUUUGUAGUGGAAGUAAAUUUAGUGCAAAAUGAAUGCGCUUUAGUGAACUCUGUACUUCAGUGUUUGGGUUUGUUGUAACAAACUGAAGGCUUAAUAUGAAGAGGAAUUUCCUGCAGAUUAUGGUCCGGCUAAGUGAUACACUUCUAAUGGCAUAAAAACUGUGUAAAGUAUCAAUAACAGUGCUGAAAGGUUCAAUUGUUAAUAUUUUUUGUCUGGUAAGCACUCCAACGGAAGUCUCACAAAACUGAAUAGUUGUAUUUAAGCUUUAUAAAACUUUUACUCAGGUAGAAAGAAUGAACUUUUUCUAUGUAGUUUUAGAUAUUUUCAAGAGUGAAAAGAUCUGUCCAAUAAAGGGUUAAUCUAGGGCUGGGCGAGAAACUAAAAAUUUACUGAUACCAAAAUUUACGACAAUAACCAACGUCAUUUCGCCCAUAUCGGGAUACAGCCUCAGAGUGUUAUUUGACAGAUAUCUUAUCUAUGGACUAUUUUUGGCUUUCUUUGCUCUACACAUGAUGUUUUAUUCCUAAAGUGUGCAUAAGCUGUUUACAGGAACAGCUUAUGCACGCUGAAACAUCAUUAACUGACACUAAAUAUACUGAAAGCCCAAAUCUAGGGCUGGGCGAUAAGCUGAAAAUUUCCUGACACAGCCUGCAGAGAGAGAGAGAGAGAGUAGAAUAGGAUUAAAUAGGGCUGGGCGAUAAACUGAAAAUUUACCGAUACCGAGUUUUACGACAAUAACUAACGUCUUUUUGCCCAUGUCAGUAUAUUCUGUGUCAUAUAAAUAAAUAAAAGUUAGUUUUGGAUGUGUGUAGGUAGGCUAUGGUGUGUCAUGUCCCUUCGGAGACGUGACUCCACCCCAUCCAGUCCGUAACAAAGAGGGAAAGACAGGUUAGGAGAUGGAGGACGGUUCAGAAGUUGUAGCGGCUGAAGUAGACGAAGUUAAUGUGGGAGGGGGUGAGCAGCUUGUGGAGUAGUUAUCGUCCAUUUAUGGUUAUCGAGAUGAACUGUUUAAUAGAUCGUGAAAUUGAUUUGAGGCCGUAUCGCCCAGCCCUAGGUUAAUCCCACUUGAAAUCUCCAGACAAAAUCAGCUGGUGAGUAUCGGAGUGUGGUUUGAAUAAUUAUGGACAUCAAAUGUAUUUAAUCAGAAUUUGACUCACAGUGGGGCUUUAGAGUUGGAACCAAAGACUCUGUAACAAAGCUUUAAAAAGGUAAAAUAAACAUAUCUUCUGUUUAAAUCUACUUUAAGUGCUCCUAGAGCUCCUUACCAUGGCUACAGCUAAGUGCCAGAGAAGAAUCACCCACUUGUGAAGUUGUUAUAAAUUGUUUUCGCACCCACAUCUCAAAAUGGUGAAAGACUGACACUGGUUUGAGGAAUUUACUCCAGCUGGUGAAGAGGAUAGGCUGAGGGUCCUCUGUUAGCGCCCAACAGGGAUCAUUUAAAGCUCCUGUAAAGACAUUUCUGCUGAUCACAAGACAGAGUGGAAUUAAAAUGAGUGCUAACUAACUCUACCAUCAGGAUGACCGUCUAUAAAGUUAUUUUUAAUGCCUCAAACUGCUGCUGGAGUAUAGGUGAAGCUCAUGCCUCUAAAAAUGGGUGAUAAAAUUUACUGAUAUCAGGACAAAAUGGUGAGAUUUUCUCUUAGAAAACAAAAUCUUUGUAUUUUACAGAAAAAAAUAUCAAAGACAAAAUCGCCAGAGCAUGUCUAUGACAGAGGAUCACAGCAGAGGAUGAGAGGAUCACAGCAGUGACUUAUAAAGAGAGGAUUUACACUUUUACUACCUUUUGUUAUCUUGAUUUGUUUAUGCAUUUGCAAAAUGUGCGAAUUAAUAUCAACAUAAUUCCAUCCUAAUCAUCAUUAUGUUGUCAGAAAUUCUUGAUGUUUUAUUUAGUAUUUUGUUGAGUUUGAGUUUGAUGCUCUGUGUCUCCACCUGGUGGAGAACAGAAGCGCUACACUGUCUGAUUCUGUUCAGCGCAAAAAUAAACUGCCACUUAUCUGAGUUAAAAAAAAAGAAGUAAAUAAAAAACCUGGUUUAUGAAUUUUAUUUCCUUGUCAUCCCCUGCAGAUUAACAGCCAUGACAGUUAAAUAAAUAUAUGUGGGUUAUUUCUAUCAUCAUUUGUAAAAGAACAACUCCUCUGGCUAAGAAAAUCAACCUAACCUAAGAAAAUCUGUCUCCUUGUGUGUUUCGUCUGCAGCUCUUCAGAGUCGAAGUCUUAUUCAAUGAGAGGAAACACUUUGUGCUCAGAAGAGGCAGCGAGUUCCAGGCUCUGCACAGAAAAGUGAGUCAAUGGGCUGAAGUCAGAGAGAGCUGCUGAGUGACUGUGGGCUGGUUACAGAGUACAUACAUAUAAAAUCAGAGGGGGGGCUUCAUUACGAUGGUCUCUGAGGUGUUUUUGUGACAGAACUCUGCUCUUUUUUGGGGGGCUAAUCAUUUUCAUACUUUAGUGCAUCUAACUCGGUGUUAUGGUGUUUGACAAUAACCUAAUUUUACGCUGGAAUAUCCCUUUAAGGCCUCGUGUUCUCUCUGCAGCUCAGGAAAAUCAUCCAGACCCCAGACUUUCCCAGCAAAAGGAACCCCCACCUGAGGACCAAACCUCCAGAGCAGAGGAGGCAGGAGCUAGAGGACUACAUCCAGGUAACACACCUUCAGCACUCGUCUUUACACUUGAUAUCAUGAGCAGUAGUGUCCUGUUGAAGUUCCCAUGUGCGAGGCAGCCCUCUGAACACUGUACAGGCAGGUAAAUAGUCGAGGUGAUCACAGAAGGACAAAAGAAAGAGCAAUGCUGUCAAAAAGCAGAGCGAGGACUUGAGUUAGGGAUGAGCGAUAGACCGAAAAUUUACCUAUACCAAAAUUUACGACAAUAACCGACAUCAUUUUGGUAUAUUCAGUGUCAGAAAAAUAAAUAAUUAUAAAAGUUGGUUUUGUUAUUGCCAUUUAUGCCAUAAACUUCAGUGAACUCUGUACUUUAAUGUUUGGGUUUAUUGUAGCAAACUGAAGGCUUAAUAUGAAGACGGUUUUCCUGCAGAUUAGUGAUACACUUCUAACACCGAUAACUUUCCAAAAAGGUUCAAUUGUUCAUAUUUUUUGUCAGGUAAGGUACUUUUAAAGCACUCCAGCAAAAGUCUUGCAUGACUGAAGGGUUGUAUUUAAGCUUUAUAAAACUUUAACUUAAGUAGAAAGAAUGAACUUUUUCUAUGAGGUUAUUAUGCACUCAGUAUUUUGAAGAGUUAGAAGAUCUAUACAAUAAAAGGUCAAUCUAGGGCUGGGCGAUAAGCCGAAAAUUUGUCGAUACUGAAAUUUACAACAAUAACAGACGUCAUUUUGUCCAUAUCAGGAGAUUCGGUGUCAAAUAAAUAAAUCAAAGUUGGUUUUGGAUGUGUCCUAUGUCAGAGACGUGACUCCACCUCUUCCAGUCUGUUGUAACAAAGAGGGAAAGACAGGUGAGGAGAUGGAGGACAGUUCAAAAGUUGUAGCGGCUGAAGUAGACGAAGUUAAUGUUGGAGGGGGUGAGCAGCUUGUGGAGUAGUUAUCGUCCAUUUAUCUUUAUCGAGAUGAACUGCUCAAUAUAUUGUGAUAUUGAUUUGAGGCCAUAUCGCACAGCCCUAACUUGGAUAGAUGGAGACAAAACCAAGCAAUGAGUCACCUUUUUUAUUCUUGUGGUAUUUAUUUGCAUUUGUAGAGAAGCAGAGCAGAUUUCACUCUUUAUUUUAAUCAUAUAUAAACCUUAAUAACCACAAGCAUUGAUGCCAAAUUCUUUAAAAACAAAAAUAUUGAUUUAAUUUCCUUUUUUUCUGUCAGGACAUCAUCUAUCAAAAUGAAGACGUGCCUCAGGUGCUGCUGGACUUUCUGCACGUUAAACAUUUUCACACGGGGAACAAGAUCAGCAGCAUGGAGUGAGUCCUUCAGCCCCAAGAUGUUGUUUCUAUAUUUAGAGACUCUAUUUUUGGAUCGGGGGCAAUGCGGCAACAUAAUAAAACACUGAACACAUUUCUCGCUGUGAUGCAGCAUUGCGUCUGACCCCAAAAUUCGGCCAAUGAUAAAUGAAGGGGAGAGUAUAAAUGCAGCAAAGUCAAAGGUUUGGAGAGAGACAGAGUGGUACCAAAUAUUAAUAACCAAUUAAACAUAAAAAAAACAUAUAUAUAGAAGAAUAUUUUUAUGGGUCUGUUUGAUAUAUAUGUAAGACUUACAUCUGUAUUCAUUCCAGGUCACUGGAUGAACUGGACAGUCAUGACGACAGGUAAGAGCUUCACCAGUCUUUCCAGUUUCUCUGUUUUUAAUGUACAUGUGUACUGUGUCUAUUUGAAGAGUUGAGUUUAGAUGGACGGAUCAGUCUCAGCAGGUGCACAAGCAUAUUAAAGACAGCAAAAUAGCACCUUAUAUGAUCUUGUUUCAGGGUCUUACUGAGUAAAAAUGUUUUAUUAGGGUUAAUUUAGGCCAUAGUCCCCCAAAAAGUGCAGAUAAUGUCAUAUUUUCAUAUAUUGCACACCAAAAAUUAGACCCGCACGGCAUGAAAUGAGUAGAGAAAUAAAUCUGCUAAAGGAUUUACAUGUCGAGCUCUUGAAAUAAAACAUUUUCUUAUAUUUUAUAUAAAAUACUGCAUAUAAUUAUGUUUUAAUCUCAUUCUCAGAGCAUCAUUGUUUACUCCACUUUGAUUUUGCUGCUUAAAAAUUCUCUUAAAUGAUAAUAAAAAAUAUAGAUAUUGGAUCUUUUUUUUCCAAGUGGCCCUAAUCCUGUUCCGUUGGUUUCCCCCUUAAAAACAGCAGUUUUAUCAAGUUUAUCCUCAUCAUUGUCUGUGAUAAAGCUCUCUCGCAAAGUUAAUUAGUAAAAUAUAUCAUCAGUUUUAUAGCUGAUGGUCUUGUUUGCUCUAUCCAGUCAUUAAAAAAGACAUCAGUAUGAGUUUCAUUCUAUCUCAUUACCGGCUAAAAUCCUUUUGUUAGAGUUUUAAUGUUAAUUUAAUUCCCCCAAAUUGACCCAUAAAGGCCACUGUACUUCCAUAAUUCUUUCUUCUAUUUAACAUUUAUGUAAACAAAUUUGAUUUUAAGGAUUUCAGCUAAAAAAACAGUUCCUCUGUUUUUGUCCUUUAUGAAAUUAAAAGUCAAAAGUCUCAUUUUAAACAAAGCAAGUUUCAUUCAAGGAAAUUCGUGUUAGUUUUUCAGGUUUCAAUGAACUUCUAUCAGAGGACAUGACUCUUUGUGACAUGGUCUGUGUGUGACUGUUUCCUGCUGCUACAUUUCCAAACUGAACAGCGUACACAACAGUCGAUUUACAACUGAAAGUUAUUUGGAGAUUGACUUAUCAAUCUCGUUUCUCUUUUGUUUCCUCAGUUAUCAGUUUACACAACAGCGAGUGUUUGGAUUUUUCCAGGAUCCAUAUCUUUCUGAUUGCACAUCAGGUAAAAAAAACGAUUCCUACUUCUGAACUGUGAAGUCAGAUUUACCCUCAAACAUUUCUGACUCUGUUAUUUUGACUUAAAAGUGAGAAAAGCAUUUAAAUCAAGUACAGUAACUUUGUUGACAGCGUAAAACUUGAUCUCUGUCUUACAGAUCUCCCAGAUGUCGUUGUGGACGGGGUUCUUCAGGGUUUCUAUCCCCGGGACAUCCGGGUCACUUUCACCGCCCCCACGGUCUCUGAGCCGGACUCCACUCUUCUUUUAGAAGAAGCCUGAAGUUUGUAAGAUCCAAAGUUUUGAAAUAUCCAGUUGCAAGAGCGAGAAAGAAAAGAAGAAAAGCCAUGAGGGUUUAGUUUCAUGCUGCUGAGGAAUAAUAGCCCAAAGCGGGUCACUUUGAGGUGCUCUUAGUCCAGCAGCAGCAGCAGCUCCUGUGGGAUUUGAACCUAAAACCAGGAAAGUAGUUCUCAGACUUCUUCUUUCAUAAUGCUCAACCUCAUUUAAGCCAUGAGACAGUCUUUAUUUCCUAUCUUGAUUCACACUCCUUUUAUAUUUGGUGAUGUUGUAUACAGAAGUUUUUAUUGUCUCUUAUUUUAGUUUUUGGGUGUGUAGAAAAAGACUUGAACUCUAGGGGCUGAAAGGGUAUAAGAUGUUAUCGGGUUUGUGCAUUUUUAUCCAACUAAGUAAAACAUCAUCAUGCUCCACUACCUGGAUUUCAAACAAGCACAGAUGACAGAUGGCACCUCGUAUCGUGGCGUGGUUUGCAGUAAAGUGUAGGCUGUGUGUGGUUGAACUGUCCCAGAACUACUUGCGUUACGUAAACCCUGCAAAAGGCUGGUGGUGCUAGCUCUGCUAUCGUUAGCCACACCAAUUUGACAUGUUCACCAGCAGCUUUGAUAAGUAGGUUGUGCUCAUUUUUGACUGUUACCUGAAUGUUUUCUUGUCUUCAGGCUGGUCAAAAUUUUAUUUUUUGUUUUAACAACAACAAAAUUUUCCACUCCAGGAUGUCCUUAUUGUUUACAUUUUUACUACUGGAUACAAACUUGAGAAAACUGACCCAAAAGUGCGUGCCUGCAGUGACCUUAUCUUAGAGAGAUUCCUGUUUUUUGUGGGGACUAAAGGUUUCAGGUCGAACACAGUCGACCUUUAAAACCUCGGGCCAAAUACUGAUGUUAGAGUGGAGGUAUUUAGUAGCAUUUUUAAUGUCAAUGUUUCUGUAGACGUCUUUUUUUUAUGUCAUUUUGUAUCAUUAUGCUAUUAUCUUGUUGACAUAAAAAUAUAAUUAAAUUUUUAACAUGA